UACUGUUUUGUUUGUGAAUUGUCGUACUUGGCUAGGCUCGGUACUUCAGAGUUUAGCUAUGUUACAGAGUUAUUGUGUCUUGUCUUGUGUAAUUACUGUCUUUUUUUCUCUAGUUUUAGAUACUAAAUUUUGUAUUUUCAACGAUUAUUGUAAAAAUGUAUAAAAUUCUUUAUUCUUCAUAAUAUGUCUUUCAUAAUUCAAUAAUGAAGUGUGGACGUGUCUACCAAUACUUACAUUCAAUUUGACUAUGAAGUUAAUCGAAUGAAUCUAUAUAAUAUUACCGUGUCUGCCUCCUGGUCAUAACAGGCAGAUCUAAAAAAAAAACUCUAAUAGUAUUUACCUACAUCUUCGUAAAGAGCAAACCAUAAUAUCAAAAUGUCCUCUUCGUCAGAAAAUUUACUUAACAAGCUUUACAAUCGUCAGGUUUAUGGGUCUCUUAAGUAUAAAUACAAUCCUCAGAAUAAAACCAAAUAUUUAUUCAAAGACACUCCAGACUACUGCAAAUUUUUCUUGCCUGAUAUUAUCGAAGAUAUAUCUGACCAUGUUUUUAUGGGCUUAACACGCUGUGGUCAAUUUUUAUUGACUUAUACAAUAGCGGAUACAGAAAACUUGGUGAUCGUUGAUGGACCUAUUAUGUCUUCAUUGAGUAUGAAGUAUAAAUUACAUUUUUGGGCAUUUAGACCUGGUCAAUCAGCAUAUAGGGUUUCAGAAAUAGUACUGUUUGAAAAUGCUGAAUUCAGCGAUUUUUUAAAUUUUUACAUUGUACAAUGGCCCAAUCGAUCCGACAAAGUUGUGAUAUUUGGUGAAAACGUUACUUCUGAUGACGAUGAAAGUGAUACACAUAAAAUUUAUAUAACUGUUGCAACAUUGCCGUCUUUAAAUAACUGUAAGGAGUGUCGAGAAGUAGCACACGCACAUAGACAUGAAGAUUUCUCCAAGUAUUACAUAGGAAACACAUGCCUUGUACACGGUCUUACAGUCCAUACGUCAUUUACAGUGUCACAUCCUUAUCCCCUAUUGGAACCAUCUAUAUCAUUAAAAUACGAUAACCAUAUUAUACUCAAUACAUGCAGUUUUAUUCAUGUAUUAAACAUUGAUUUAGUUCAAGAUCAAAACUUCGAAUCAGAUCAAUCAGAAAAUAUUAACGCUCCGUUAUCCCACAAGCUUAAUGAAAAUCUGUCCGAAUUUGGCUAUAAAAUGGCGAAUAAAAUUGAUUCUCAAGAAAGAGGUGUUAAAAGAAGGCAUUUCGAUACAAGAUGUUUUUUUGAUAAAGAGCAAGAUAUGACUAUGGCUGCUCUUAGCCCCAAAACCAGUUAUAACAACCAUUAUCUUUUAAGAAUGAAAGAUGCUGAAAAGAUUUAUGAUUUUGAUGAAAAUGACGACAAUUGUAUGCUUAAGUUUAAAUGGUUCAGGAGAAGACGAAAAGCUGACAAAAUGUAUGAAUUUUGUUCCGAAGAAGAAGACAUGGAAAAUGUGCAUCCUUCAACAAAAAAAAGUUCAUGUCAUUUUCGGGAAUCCCCUGGACCGUCAGCCGUUGACCAAACGCCAUUAUACAUUCAAACUGAUUAUGAAGACGAUAGACUUAAUGACUGUGAUAGAAAAAUGUUCUUUGCUCAAGAAUUGAAUGCAAUAAUUGCUGACUGGGACUGUUUAUCGUCACCUCGAUCAGUUACCUCUGAAGACAGAGAUCUCAAAAGUCCUGAAUGCACCAACAGAAAAAUUACCAAUGUGCUCAAACCUAGAAAUAAAACUCCUUUAGCUAAAAAUUCCAAGAGUCCAUGUGAUAAAAAAAUUAGUCUCAUGCUGGUUACCGAUAACAUUCAAGGCAAUCAACCAAGCAAUACUCUCCGAUCUGUGCCGUUGCAAGGAUGCUCUGCAAAAUUAGAAAGACAGUAUAUUGAAGUUGAUGAAGAAGUAAUUUCUGUCAACACAGAUAUGGAUGAAGAAGACGGCUUAACAGGGUCAUUAUGUGCUUUACCAUUAUCUGUUCACGGGUCUGGGUCUGCUCAAAUGCAAAUAGUUAACACUAUUAAAAUUAAUAAACAGGAGAAAAAUGUUUGUGUUGUUAAACAAGCAAGUUUAGAUUUUGAACACGUCAGCUACAAAGUAGCAGAAAUUAUUUGUAAUCUGGAAGGUCACAAGUUUUGGUGCUACAAUGAUUACGAUUCUGCUAUAGUCGAUGUCUGUCCUUUAAAUGGUGACAUAUUAAUCUCACUUUGUAUAAGACUGAACACAGAAGAAGACAAAAAACUAAUUCCUCUAUGCCAACCAGAAUCCAGCAGGGGUAGGGGUUUCGAGACAAAGUGUAUAAUUUUGUGGAAUCCUCAAGCCGACACUUGUUUCCUAGAAGCGUAUUGGCAAUUAGAAAUGACUGCGGAUGUGCCAAACUGUCCCAAUUGGAAUCCGGCACGCGACGAAGCCAAUAUACUAAGGCAGUCGCCCUUAGGAUUUUUCAACAUUCCUAUGGCUCGACAAGUUAGGUGUUUAUCUCAUGAAGUGUGGUCUUGUCAAGUUGGAAACACAAAUCCGUCUUUGCUAGAAAUCAGAGAUGACGAUAAUUUAAUCACUAUUUUAAGAAACCGGAGAGCUGUCGUAGUCGAAGACAACAAUGUAAUGGUAUUGCUUCGUCACAGACUGCCUGUAUAGUCAUUUUACUUAACAGUAAAUUUAAAUUAAUUUAAAAACGUGUGAUAAGUUUUUUUAAUAAUAAACAAAAGUAGUUUUUUUUUUUUUCAAUUCGACUGUUCUAUACUUUUGUAUGGAGCUUAAGUUAUUAUUUCUUACAUUUUUUUCUCUUUUUAACUAUUAUUUUUUUACUUAAGUAGUUCUCUGAUUAAAUGUAUUUUAGAAUACAAAAUAUUAAUUCUUAAAUAAAUAUUUAAUUUAAAACAUUAUAUUAUUUAUUAUUGUUUUAAAACAAAAAAAUUAUAUUACAUUACUUUUCGAGUUAUUAAGCCGUGCAUUUAAAUUUCAUGAAAAUCAUUUUUACUUUUAAAUAAUAACUUGUAAAUUGUUAGCGCGUAAAAGAUUUAUAAGGUAAUUAGUACUACAUUUACAUGUUUUGAAAUUUACUUAUUUAUUGUGUUUUAAAACCUGAAUGUUAUUUUUUAUGCCUAAUAAUUCGUAAAAUAUGAAAUAAGAUAAAUAUUAUUAAUAUUAUUGUUGUUGUGUAUCAGAUUUUAGUUAUUGAAAAAAGUUUAAAAUAGAGUUUUAAAUGUAACCAGAUUUGAAAAAUGUAUAAUAUACCGUUUAACUCGUUUUUGUACACUUUAUACUCCGGUCACUUAAGAUGAUACCUCGUCGUGUCGGCAAGAACUAAUUUCUACCUAGCAACAUCGUCUUAGUUCGGCACCACCUACCGUGCAUACAGAUACGAUGUGCGCGGCGGCGGACCAUAACUCGUCCUUCGCCCUGGGGUUAUCUUCUUAAAGUGACCAGAGUAUAGAGCAUGUAAAAAAUUAUACAUAAGUAACUUAAUAACUGCUGUGUAUAUUAUUAUGAUUUUACCAAUGUAAAAAACUGACUAAUAAGCUGCUUGAAAUGUAUUACUCUGUAUUAUUCUAAAUAUUGCUGUUUUGCGUACAACUCAAACAAAGCCAAGGCUUGGUGUCGAACAUUUAUUUUUUAUUGAUUGUGACGACUUUUAAGAUUAUUAACUAUUUAACAUCUCAAGCAGCUACUAGUUUCUAUACAAUGUGCAGAUUCGAAUUUAAAUUUGGCCAUUGUUGAUACGUAAAAAAAAAUAUAUAUAUUUUUAGUGUGCAUUUCAGAACAAUUUUAAAAUGUUUAAAUUUAGAUUAAUUAUUUCCCUUUUAUUCUUAAGAUAAUUAUAAAAAAAUCAAUAUGUAUAAUCCUACGGCUGUAAAGUAAAAUAUAUAAAUAUUAUUUAUAAAUGAAACAUCACAUUGUCGUGUAACUGUAACACGUAUUUUAGACUGUCUUUUUAAAAUAUAAUAUUUCAAAAGCGAUUACUUUACUUUGCUUUUGUGAACAAACCACUUAACAAUUAAUGGCAAAGUAACUUGUCUAUAAUAUUUGAUUUAUAAAAUUUAAGGAAUAAGCGCUUAUAAACGUUUAUGUUCGUAAGUCAACUUUGAAGUUAGUGGUGCUGAAAAUUAAUUUUUUUUUUUACGAUUAUAGUUAUCCUUAUAUUUUUCCCAUUGUAACGUUUGCUUUUUAUCUGACGAAUGUUCAAUUAUUGUUAGUUCCUUUUUAUGGAUUGUUUAUUUAUUAUAAUGUCC